AUGCCGUGGCGGCGCCUCCCGCUACAUCCCGGGGACGUGCUGCGAGUCGCCUCAGGCCUCGGCGCCAGAGGCUGGUCCCCAAGAUGGCUCCAGGAAGUGGGGCGGUCCCCAAGCGAGCUUUCUCCGCCUAGCUGCGGCCUCUCGACCGCCGAGCUGAGAGCCGAGGGCGCAACAGAACCCGGCGCGGCUGGCGCUCGCAGCCUGGCCUUCAUGCUAUUAGGCCGGGGCUCACAGUAUGAACUCAAAGACAACCCUGGGGUACACCCUGCUACCUUUGCAGCCCACACAGCGCCGGCCUAUUACCCCUAUGGCCAGUUCCAGUAUGGGGACCCAGGGCGGCCCAAGAACGCCACGCGGGAAAGCACGAGCACGCUCAAGGCCUGGCUGAACGAGCACCGCAAGAACCCCUACCCCACCAAGGGCGAGAAGAUCAUGCUGGCCAUCAUCACCAAGAUGACCCUCACGCAGGUCUCCACCUGGUUCGCCAACGCGCGCCGGCGCCUCAAGAAGGAGAACAAGGUGACGUGGGGUGCUCGCAGCAAGGACCAGGAGGACGGCGCCAUCUUCGGCAGCGACACUGAAGGCGACCCUGAGAAGGCCGAGGACGACGAGGAGAUCGACUUGGAGAGCAUCGACAUAGACAAGAUUGACGAGCAGGACGGUGACCAGAGCAACGAGGACGACGAGGACAAGGCCGAAGCGCCGCGAGCGCCCGCUGCCACCGCCCCGCUCGCCCGGGGCCAGGGCUCGCCUCUGGGCGCUGGCGAAGAGCUCAAGCCUCAGGACUCGCCCCUGGGCCUGGCCAAGGAGGCUCCGGAACCCGGUAGCACGCGCCUGCUGAGCCCCGGCACCGGGGCCGGCGGCGUUCAGGGCGCACCGCACAGCAAACCCAAGAUCUGGUCGCUGGCCGAGACGGCCACCAGCCCCGACGGCGCAACCAAGGCCUCGCCGCCGCCGCCCGCUGGCCACCCUGGCGCUCACGGGCCCUCGGCGGGCGCGCCGCUGCAGCACCCUGCCUUCCUGCCCAGCCACGGACUCUACACCUGCCACAUCGGCAAGUUCUCCAACUGGACCAACGGCGCCUUCCUGGCACAGGGCUCUCUGCUCAACAUGCGCUCCUUCCUGGGCGUCGGCGCGCCCCACACGGCGUCCCACGGCCCGCACCUGCCUGCGCCGCCGCCUCCUGUCGCCGUGGCCGCUGGGGCGCUGCAAGGAGACAAGGCCUCCGCCCGCAGCAGCCCAGUACUCCCAGAGAGAGACCUCGUCCCCAGGCCGGAUUCUCCGGCGCAGCAGUUAAAGUCGCCCUUCCAGCCAGUGCGCGACAACUCCCUGGCCCCGCAGGAGGGAACGCCUCGGAUCCUAGCAGCCCUCCCAUCGGCCUGAUGCCUGGGCCUCUUUUAACUUUUGCGGGGGG